AUGCCAAAGUCAAAACAUAAAAAUGCCACAAAAGAAUAUAUACUUAUACAAGAUAGAAAUAAUAAAGAAAGGUUUUCAAAAACUAUAAAUGCAAAUAGUAGUAAUUUAGAAUAUAGUAAUCUAGAACUUCUAAUUUAUAAAUUAGAGAACAAUAAUAAAAAAGAACUUAAUAAUAAGAUAGAACCUAAUAAAGAAGAAGCUAAACAGUUAAUUAAUAAAAAUAAUUCUUUUUAUAACUUUAAACAAGAUAAUAAUGCAGCUAGUAGUUGGUUAUCAUAUUAUUCUGAUACUCAAACUUGGCUUCAUUGUCUUGGCCUUGUAUAUCAAUUACAUCAACAAGAAGUUUAUUAUAAUAGAUAUAAGCAUCCUAAUGUAGUACAAUAUUGUGCUGUAUUUCUUGAAAGAAUAAAAAAUUUUGAACAAUUAAUGCCACAGUUUGUUAGCAAAAACAUGAAAAUAGUUAUAAAUUCUGAAUUAGUAAAGGAGAAAAAAAUGCAUAUUUUUGUUACUCAUGAUGAGUGUACAUUCUAUGCUAAUGAUAGUCAUCCGUCAGUAUGA